AUGACGAAAAUUUACAAGGUGUCGAAAGUUGUGAAAAUGAGUUCAGUCAAUCACGUAUUAAGGAAAAGUUUCUCCAGCCUACCGACUUUUUUCCAUAAUCUGCAAAGAAGUAAUCCUACCACCUUCACGUACAUUACGAAGGAUCAGUACAAUCGUUUCCAAAUUUGUUUCAUGGCAUUGGGAUGCGUGAUUCGUACGUUCCUCACGUCUAUGAUACCAAUCAUAUUCGUUGGUCAAGUACCUCUAAUUGGGGUGUAUGUAACAUCCAUGUACAUUGUUGUUGCUUUAGAUGGAAAUCAUGAACCCCUUCUCAUAGCGGUUGCCUUGGGAACCAUAAAUUGUGACAAUUCAUGGUUAUGGUUCAUGAGGAGGCUUAAAGACUGUUUAGGUGACAAUACAAAAUUUGGUUUCAUAAGCCUAAUGUCUGAUUCUAUAGACUUUGCAGUCCAAAGAGUCUACCCUGAUUCAUAUCAUGGCUAUUGUUGUAAAAAUAUAGCCGAGAAAAUACGCGCUUCCAUCGAAACCAAUACAGUCGUUGAACAGUUGUCCUGGAAGACGUGUAAAGCGUAUAAUUUAUCUCAAUUUUAUGCAUGUUUGAACAAUUUAAAAAAUGAGGUAAAUGGGAAUGAUCUUCAUUGGCUUGACAAUAUUCCCAUUGCAAAAUGGGUACGGGCUUGUUUUCCAAGAGUACGUUUCAAUGUUAAAUUCAUUGACAUUCCCGAUGUUGUCAAUUGGUUUAAAACAAACACGCAUGAGUUUCCAAUAACAACAAUCAUUGAAAUGGUUCAUGACUCAAUGCAAGCAGUGUAUCUUCGACGUACUGCGUUUGGAGUUGAUUUCACAGGGGAUUUCCAUAAUCUUCUAACCCCUUAUGCACUUAAGGUGAUUCAUAAAAGAUUUAUCCACUCGGAUGGUUGUAGGAUUACACAUAUUGUUGGCGAUAGAUAUGAAGUGACUAAGUAUUCAACAACCGAAUAUGUACAAUUAGACCGUGGUAUUUGUAGUUGCGGUAAAUGGCAAAAAUGCGGUAUACCUUGUGAGCAUGCUAUAGCUUCACUACACAGACUUGAAAUUGCAGAAAUCCAUCAAAUGGUAAAUUUAAAGUUAUGUACAGCGGUGUAUCGAAAUGCUUAUCAAACUGAGACGGUCAAUCCUAUUCCAACCCUUAGGCAUUGGGAAAAACCAGUCGAAAGUGUUGUGGUCUUACCUCCACGCCAAUUCAAUUGA